GACGUGCAGCGCGAGCUGGCGCGCUACGGCGCGGCGCGCUGCGGGCGCCUGCGCCGCCGCCUCUGGCUCACCAUGGAGAACCCGGGCUACUCGCUGCCUAGCAAGCUCUUCAGCUGCGUCUCCAUCGGCGUGGUGCUCGCCUCUAUCGCCGCCAUGUGCAUCCACAGCUUGCCCGAGUACCAGGCCCGCGAGGCGGCGGCCGCCGUGGCCGCCGUGGCCGCGGGCCGCAGCGCAGAAGGCGUGCGCGACGACCCGGUGCUGCGGCACCUCGAGUACUUCUGCAUCGCCUGGUUCAGCUUCGAGGUGUCGUCGCGCCUCUUGCUGGCGCCCAGCACGCGCAACUUCUUCUGCCACCCACUAAACCUUAUCGACAUCGUGUCCGUGCUGCCCUUCUAUCUGACACUGCUGGCCGGCGCGGCACUCCGAGACCGGGGCGGUGCGGGCAGCGAGGAGCUCGGAGACCUGGGCAAGGUGGUGCAGGUGUUCCGUCUCAUGCGCAUCUUCCGCGUGCUGAAGUUGGCGCGCCACUCCACUGGGCUGCGCUCGCUGGGCGCCACGCUCAAGCACAGCUACCGUGAGGUGGGCAUCUUACUGCUGUAUCUGGCCGUGGGGGUAUCUGUGUUCUCCGGUGUGGCCUACACAGCCGAGAAGGAGGAGAACAUGGGCUUUGACACCAUCCCAGCCUGCUGGUGGUGGGGUACGGUGAGCAUGACCACGGUGGGCUACGGGGACAUAGUGCCGGUGACGGUGGCUGGCAAGCUGGCAGCCUCGGGCUGCAUCCUCGGGGGCAUCCUGGUGGUGGCGCUCCCCAUCACCAUUAUCUUCAACAAGUUCUCCCACUUCUACCGGCGGCAGAAGGCUCUGGAGGCUGCCGUGCGCAACAGCGGCCACCAGGAGUUUGAGGACUUGCUGAGCAGCGUCGAUGGGGUGUCGGAGGGAUCGCUGGAAACAUCCCGUGAGACCUCGCAGGAGGGAAAGUCUGAAGACCUGGAGGCCUAGGCCUCCAAUGGGCCUCCUAACUCUCAGGUUUAUUAAAACCAGGGCUCCAGGUCCCCCUUC